UCCCGCAUGAAACGAAGGCAUUGCGAAAUCAGCUGCUUUAAUGAGAUAUUUCUUCAUAACCUGGCUUCUAUAAAACUCUUUCCCAAUAUACCUCUGAAAUCAUCCGAAUAUCUAAGAAAUUUCUGAGACACCGUUAGAUCACCUGGCGUCGUUUAAAGGAAGAGUUUGAAGGCGUAAUCGGCGCGAUCGAAAUGUCAACAGACCGAUGCGUCCAAUGUAAAACACUGCUACAAAAUAAUGGGCCAUUCCGGUCGUGUCACGUGUGUGGGGCCCACGUGUUCAGGAGGUCAGAUGAGGGUUGGACGAAAAUGGAUUCGUCUCUUCGUUUCCUGGUAUGGGUAGCGGUAGUCGAGUUAUUGACGGGAACAGUCAGCGUAGGCUGUGGGCUGGCGAUGUCGGUGCUCUCUCGUCACAAUCUAGUGUGGCCGCUUACAUCCUUCGCCCCGAUAUGGACGGGGACUGUAAUAAUGAUCACUGGUAUUGUUGGAAUGAUGACUUAUACACAGAAGAGAAGUCCUCACAACUUGAAACUUCGCAAACUGGUUAUAGCACAUGUGACGCUAUGUCAAUUUAGCGUCCUUCUCGGGGGAUUUAACGUCGCCUACGGAGCCUGGGUCCUCUCUGCCUGCGACGCCGGCCGAAUAUGCAACUCGUCAGGUGGCGCUUCGAACCAUAACGUGAUGAUAGCCCUCAGCGUCGCGGUCAUUGCUGUCGGUUGCGCAAUGACUUUGGUAAGCGGCUUGACGACAAUGGCUACUUGUCUCUGUCGAAGACGAUUUGGAAUCGGAUCAACGAGUGGAAGUUGUUAUUGAUUGCACUGGAGAUUUCCCAUGUUGUCAUACAUUUCUGAACUCUAUAAUCGCAAUCAUAUGCAGGUUUAGUGGAAAUUGUGUUAGAGAAGAUCCAUGACACAUAAUUGUACUUGGACACCCGUCGCAAUAUUCCUGAACUUCACAACUGGAGAAUUAGUCCCAGUCGUUAGUUAAAUGGCAGUCUGUGAUAAUCUUUUUGAAAUACUGGAUUUUAUUCACGGAAAUGCAAGGCAAAACACCCUGAGUUGCAGAGGGCACUAAAAACUUACCUUUCUUCUAUCAGCAUACCUCUGCUAUUUUCGAUGUCUGUUGAAUCUCGGGGUGGCAGAAACGGACAGUCACCAAUUCUUAACCAUUGGCUUUGGAGUCUUAGGGAAAGGCUAUAUUCCAAUAUGCAGAGGUGUACAAGUGCAUUGCCAUACAAGGGACCAUGUAAAAUAUUGAUGCAGGGGGUCUGUUUUGCUAAGAGCCUUUAAAGUGUUUGAGAAUGGCUUGGGCUGCUUCAGUCAGAUGCAGAGUUGACUUUGUAAUGUUAGUUUAAGGCCGCAUU